GUUACGUAACAACACCACUACACAGCACAACACACAAAAACACUAUCUUACACUGAAACUAACUUUCUCCUGUCUUCCUUCAUUUCAUAAAUCAUAAAUAUUAAAAAGCUAUGGAACAUCACAUCCACAUCCUUUGAAGAAUUAUUCCAUUGAUUCUUAGUUUCUGAAUCGCUUUCAUUUUUUUAUAAUACUUCUUCCCGGAUCCAUUCGAACUUUCUCUUUUUUUAUUUUUAAUUUAAUUUUAUGUUAUGGGUUCUCUGGCCUGUUGUCCGUCGCUCGAUGAUGGUACGGCGGUGUUAUCGCUGAAUUCCUUACCGUUAGGGUUCCGAUUCAGACCUACUGAUGAGGAGCUUAUCGAUUACUAUCUACGUUCGAAGAUCAACGGAAAUGGUGAUGAGGUUUGGGUUAUCCGAGAAAUUGAUGUCUGCAAAUGGGAACCCUGGGAUAUGCCUGAUUUGUCAGUGAUACGAAACAAGGAUCCAGAGUGGUUCUUCUUCUGUCCACAGGAUCGAAAGUAUCCUAAUGGACAUAGAUUGAACAGAGCAACAACUCAUGGAUAUUGGAAGGCAACCGGCAAGGAUCGGAGAAUCAAGUCUGGAACCCUCUUGAUUGGAAUGAAGAAGACUUUAGUUUUCUAUAGCGGCCGUGCACCUAAAGGAAAGAGGACUAAUUGGGUUAUGCAUGAGUAUCGUCCCACCUUGCAGGAGCUUGAUGGUACCAACCCAGGGCAGAGUCCAUAUGUUCUCUGUCGAUUGUUUAAGAAAAACGAUGAGAGCAUUGAAGUAUCGAACUGUGGUGAAGUGGAGCAGACUAAUUCAGCUCCUAUUGCUGCCAAUUACUCUCCAGAAGAAAUACAAUCUGAUCCAGCUCCUAUUACGGCAUCCACAUCACUGAUCACAGAGGACGAUAUGCAGCUGGCUGUUAUCCCCGAUAUCUCUGGUGAAACAGUAUCCAAGGCUAAAACCUCAGUUGAUUGCUAUAGUGAUGGAUAUGUCCAAAAUCAGUUUGAAAAACUAGCUGCAGAGGAAGAUCAUGCGUUGAACUUUGACAUAUAUUAUAACCCGAAAGAUGGUCUAUUAUUAGAUGACAGGUUAUUCUCCCCAGUUUUGGCACACAUGCCACCUGAAUUUGAUUAUCAAGCCAACAGUGAAUCAGACGGUCAAUGUGGGUUUCAAUACGGUACCAAUGAAUUAAAUAUUUCAGACUUUUUAGAUUCAAAUCUUAAUUGGGAUCAAGUUCCAUGUGAGGAGUCUAGUAGUUACCCGCAGAAUUUCCCCCCCUUGUUAAAUGUUAAGGACAAUGGUUCAGGAAGUGACUCAGACGCAGAAGUUGCCAAUAUGAUAACUUGUACGCAAGCUGCUUAUCCUCACGAGGUAAUAGACAGAAGGAUUCCUUUUGCGACAACACCAUCGUUUUGCCGCACCUUUGACUAUAAUGGUGAUGAUCAGAAGAGCAAUGUUGUAUUAUUACAAAACAAUUUCCAGACAAGUUUUCCAUCCGAUGUUAAUUCUGGUGAAGUGUACAACAUCAAUGCUUAUGAUCAACCAAGAAACUAUAAUAAUACAUUUAUAAGUGGUGAAAGUGGAAUCAUCAUAAGGGCCCGACCAGCACGAGAGGAACAAUUUAAGCCAAAUUUGGAUCAAGGUAAUGCUGAAAGGAGAAUUCGUUUGGCAAAUGCGGGACGUGGCUCAAGCAGGAGUAGUACACAAGAGAAGCGUAGUUCAAAACCAAUCAUUGCAGUGGAGAAGAAAGCUGCAGAAAAUCAUGCUGCUGAUGAUGAAAGUUCUACGGGAACUAAUCACACGUAUAAAAAGAGGAAGGCAUCCAAGUCAGUUAUCACUAGAAAGAUUUCUUUAUUGCUAGGAAGGGCGCCUGUCAGAUUGAAGACUUCCUCCAACUGCGCCUUGUGGUCUUCCGUUUUUGUAGUUUCUGUGUCUGUACUGGUUUCGUUAGUUGCUUUUACUAACAUAUGGGGAUGUAUUAAAUUUUAGACUGCUUGCAGAUCAUUCCUUUGUAAUUUGUCUCCGUUUCUUUUUUGGACCAGUUGAGGGGAGGCAUGUAGGGUUUAUAACUUUCUUAGGUUCGUUGAUAACAUUAUAUAUGCGUGUGUGCAUAUAUAUAUAUAGUUGGUGUAUAAUAUGUUAUCGCCCACUAUCACUCAGUUGGCUAGUGUGUAGACUCUGUUAUUGUAUAUUAAGCUUAAACAGUUUCUUCAUUCUAAA